GCGUGGUGCAGCCAGGGAGCCGCCUGCUCGACAUCGGGACCGGCCCGACCGUCUACCAGCUCAUCAGCGCCAGUAGAUUCUGCACGGAGAUCGUCUGCGCAGAGUAUGCUGAGGCUAAUCGAGCUGAAGUGCUAAAAUGGAUAAAAGGAGAGCCUGACGCGUACGACUGGAACUCUUCUUUCCAGUAUGUCGCCGGCCUUGAAGGAGACAGCUCUUCGUGGGAAGCCCGCAAAUUGCACUUGAGAGACGCAAUCAAAGCGGUCAUUCCUUGUGACGUCACCAAGCCCGAUCCCCUGACCCCAUAUGAGUAUGAACAGUUCGACGUCAUCACGUCAAUGAAGUGCCUGGAAGUAGCGUGCCCUACUCGGGAGUCCUACUCGGCAGCUGUACGCAGCAUCACCCGCCUACUGAAGCCGGGUGGCACGCUGGUGAUGAUCAGUGUUAUCUCCGAGUCCUUCCACACUAUCGGCGGUCACAAGUUCUUCACCCUCACUGUAGAUGAAAGCUUCAUAGAAGAAGUACUCAAGGCCGCUGGCUUUAAUGCCAUCGAUAUCAAGACGUUCCCUGCACCAAGUCUUAAUCAGGAUAGCAGUAUUUGGGAUAACAAUGUCAGUGAUUUUGGUGGGAUGGCAGUUGUGCAUGCUCGCAAACUAUAGUUACUGUAGCUCGCG